ACGAUGGCCACUCAAAUCUGCUAUCCGUUCCCAGAUGGAGACGGGCGGGGGUAGGACGCAAUCCGCGUCCCGUCGUCAACCCGUCCCGCCUUCGCGUGAAAGCUCUCAACCGCGAGCUUCUAAUAUGCGCCGGGGAGCAUUGCCACCUAGAUCGAAAUCAACGUCGCAAGAUUGAGUCUCUUUCAAGAGGAUUUGGUAACCAGUUUGAUGAAGAAGUUGCAUUUCCUUUGUGAACCCUAGCAGUGAAUUCCUUUGGGUGUGGUAAAAGCAGUAAUGGCUGGAGUUAGAAAUUAUAUUCUGAAGUCAUUCUUCUCUGGCCUUAGUCUUGCUUCUAAGACGCGAUCCAUUCAGCCAUACAGUUCUUGUAUGGACUUUCCAAAACGUCCCUUCCAGAAUCUUCCGAUAUCAUCAGGUCUAAGUAUGUCCGAUACAUACCGCACAAAAGGCCGGUGCCGUUUAGGGCAUAUAGGCCAUAACCAGAUUAGAAUGUUGUCUCUUCCGUCUCUUGUAGAUAUUCAGCAUUUCAAGAUUGAUUCCAUUGUACCUUCAUCCAGAAGUUUACAUAGCAGCACGCUGGUAAAAAAUACAUCACGCCAUCGAAUUGCUUUAUUUCCUCUGUGCGUAAAUGGAAUGUCAUCUCAUCGAGCAUAUUCAUCAGAUAAAGCAGAAGUUUCAACCACAACCAUUGCAGGCGAAUCAACUGUUGAUAACACCAAUGUAGUCGGAAGUGAUUGGGUUGAUAGUUUCAAGAUUGCUUGGCAGUCUGCUGUAGAUGCUGCAACUUAUACAGCAAAUAAGGCUAAAGAGGCAUCCGACGAACUCAUUCCUUAUGUUAAACAGUUGGUUGACUCUCAUCCAUAUCUGAAAGAUGUUAUCAUCCCAGUUGGUGGGACUGUGUCUGCUGCACUGUUAGCUUGGCUGGUCAUGCCCAGGAUUCUAAGGAGAUUACACAAGUACUCGAUGCAAGGAUCUGCUGCAUUACUAUCUGGCAAUCUGCCUCAUGAACAAGUUCCAUAUGAAAAAAGCUUUUGGGGUGCCUUGGAAGACCCUGUGAGAUAUCUAAUCACCUUCAUGGCAUUCUCACAGUUAGGUGUGAUGAUUGCGCCCACCACAAUUGCAUCACAAUACAUUCCACAAGUUUCCAGAGGAGCAGUUAUUCUUUCAUUUGUAUGGUUUCUACAUAGGUGGAAGACAAAUGUAUUUACCCGUGCUCUAGCCACCCAAAACAUAGGUGGGCUUGAUCGAGAAAGGUUGCUAGCCUUAGACAAGCUCUCAUCUGUGGGUCUCCUUGUGCUAGGAUUGAUGGCUUCAGCUGAGGCUAGUGGUGUGGCUGUGCAAUCCAUUUUGACCGUUGGAGGCAUAGGAGGAGUGGCAACUGCUUUUGCAUCCAGAGACAUCCUAGGGAAUGUGCUCAGCGGGGUGUCUAUGCAGUUCUCCAAGCCCUUUUCAAUGGGUGAUACUAUAAAAGCUGGAUCUAUAGAAGGUCAAGUGGUGGACAUGGGACUAACAACUACAUCCUUACUGAAUUCUGAGAAGUUUCCCGUCAUAGUCCCGAAUUCAUUAUUUUCCAGUCAGGUGAUUGUGAACAAAUCUCGUGCUCAAUGGCGUGCUAUAGUGAAAAAAAUUCCUGUUCUUAUUGAUGAUCUGGAGAAGAUUCCCCAGGUCUCAGAGGAUAUAAAGUGCAUGCUAAGAUCUAAUACAAAAGUUUUCCUUGGGAAGGAGGCCCCUUAUUGUUUCCUUUCUCGAAUAGAGAACUCUUAUGCAGAACUGACCAUUGGAUGCAAUCUCAAGCACAUGAGCAAAGAUGAGUUAUUCUCUGCAGAACAAGAUAUUCUGCUGCAAUCAGCCCGGAUAAUCAAGCAACAUGGUGCCAAGCUUGGUAGCACCUACCAAUCAUUUUGAAUCAACAGUGUUCAUUUGGAUGAAUCCUGACUACGGGACACAAGCUGCAAGUUGGCGACAGUUGCGACCGAGGUAAUUCCCGGCCAACCCAAUGUACUGCUUUCAGAUGGACUUUUCUGUUCAUGUUCACGGACAAGAAGCACUAGUGAACUAUUUUGUACUAACACAAAGGUACCCAGGUUUAGUAGCAUGUUACUGGUACAGUUUUGCAGAUUUUGUUUUUGAAUUAACAACAGAUUGAUGAUUUGAAGGGUGAGACUUGCCUAGCUUCAUAUCACGGCAAGAUAUGUAACUUGCAAUUCAAAUAGCCCGAAGAGUGAAUAUUCUGCAGUUUGAAAGAAUCAUGUAAGAGUAGCUAGUAGUUCUUCGGUUCAAUAUCGUGUCUGUUCUCUUAGGAAAUUCAUUAUCAUUGUGAUAAAUAAGUAAUGCUCGGCGAGUCCUUUGUUUGAAAGAAUUGGUCUGGUUUGCUCCCCUGCCAGAGUUCUGUACUAAGUGCUGUUCAGAAUUCAUGUAUUAGUUUUGGAUGAUGAUGAUGAUGUUGAUCUUUCAUUCAAGAGAGUUGCUUAAAUCUGAUGUU